AAAAAACUCUCAAAUUCACCUUCGUCUCCAUUUUAAAUUUCUCAUUAUCAUUCAUUCAUUUCGAUUCUCUAAGCUCACAAAUUAUUUUCGAGAUUCCGAAAUUUCAAAGGUUAAAAUGGAGCCACCGGGAAACGACGUCGUUGCGUUUGAGUCAGCUGAGAAGAUAAUACUCCGGUGGGAUUCCACGGCGUCGGAAGAUGCUAGAGAGAAGAUGAUCUUCGCCGGAGAUCGAUAUGAGAUCGAGCGGUACUUGCAAGCUGUUGAUGAAAUCCAACGGUCGAUGGAGUUUGCUACACUUUCCGAUGACCAGAACAAAGCUAAUAGUGCGAUCCAGAUCGCUAUGGCUCGGCUUGAAGAUGAGUUUCGGAAUAUACUCAUAGCUCAUACGACUCCUAUGGAAGCUGAAUCUCUUACUGACAGUAGUCCUUUGCCUGAAGAAGACUACGAGGAUGACUCGCCGUUGACCAAGGACUUGGAGCAUCAAGAGAGUAACAGCAGCUGUAGUUAUCGACCUACAAAUAGCAUUCGUGAAAUCGAUCUAAUGCCUUCUGAUGCAAUUUAUGAUCUCCGAUGCAUCGCCGAGCGAAUGAUUUUGGCCGGAUAUCUUCGGGAGUGUAUUCAGGUGUAUGGCAGUGUACGGAAGUCUGCAGUGGACUCGAGUUUCCGCAAGCUUGGGAUAGAGAAGCUGAGUAUCGGAGAUAUCCAGAGAUUAGAAUGGGAAAUUCUAGAAACGAAGAUCCGGCGGUGGAUACGAGCUGCAAAAGUAUGCGUUCGGAUACUUUUCGCUAGUGAGAAGAAACUCUGUGAGCAAAUCUUCGAAGGUUUAGGUACUGGCACGGACGAUGCUUGUUUCAUGGAGACUAUCAAAGGUCCAGCUAUUCAGCUAUUCAAUUUUGCUGAAGCCAUUAGCAUUAGUCGGAGAUCACCGGAGAAGUUGUUUAAGAUAUUGGAUCUUCAUGAUGCUUUAUCGGAUUUACUAGUGGACAUUGAGAUUGUUUUCGAUUCAAAAUCUUCGGAGUCAAUUAGGGUUCAAGCUGUAGAGAUACUAUCUAGGUUAGCGGAGGCUGCAAGAGGGAUAUUAUCUGAAUUUGAAAAUGCAGUGCUUCGAGAACCUUCCAAGGUUCCUGUACCUGGAGGGACAAUUCAUCCCUUGACUAGGUAUGUUAUGAACUACAUAAGUUUAAUCUCAGACUACAAACAGACCAUGUCUGAAUUGAUUGUCUCAAAGCCAUCAACAGGGUCAAGGUAUUCGAGUGAUCCUAACACUCCUGAUAUGGAUUUUGCGGAGUUAGAAUCACAGACCCCGUUGGCGCUGCAUUUGAUCUGGAUUGCUGUGAUUUUGCAGUUCAAUUUGGAAGGUAAGUCUAAGUGCUAUAGAGAUACUUCAUUGACACAUAUAUUUAUGAUGAACAAUGUACAUUAUAUUGUCCAGAAGAUUAAAGGGUCACCUGAGCUAAGGGAGAUGGUAGGGGAUGAUUGUUUAAGGAAAUUAACAGGGAAAUUUAGGCAAGCAGCUACCAACUACCAGAGAUCAACCUGGGUUAAUGUUUUGCAUUGCUUGCGAGAUGAGGGUUUACAUGUUAAAGGCAGUUUUUCAUCUGGGGUGUCUAAGAGUGCGUUGAGAGAGCGGUUUAAGACCUUCAAUGCUAUGUUUGAAGAGGUACAUAGGACUCAGUCCACCUGGUUGAUACCGGAUACCCAGCUCCGAGAGGAGCUGCGUAUUUCUGUAUCUGAGAAGUUGAUCCCAGCUUAUAGAUCAUUUCUCGGAAGGUUCAGGAGUCAUAUUGAGAGUGGGAGGCAUCCAGAAAACUAUAUCAAGUAUUCCGGUGAGGACAUUGAGACUGCUGUCUUGGAUUUCUUCGAGGGGUACCAAGUUUCACAACACAUAAGAAGAAGAUCUGAAUGAAAGGAUAUAAAUUCCACUAAUUAGAACCUUAGGACAUUCUUUGAAUUUUUUUCUGGAGUCAUUUAGGAGGAGCUGAGGUUCUGGAGUUAAGGUAUUGUCGGGCAAAGCAGAAAAUUUUGGUAAGAUCAGCUGUAUCUAUGAUAGUCUCCGCCUCUGCCUAAAUGCUCCUGCCCUGUAAGCGCGGUGUUGUUGUAUUUCUUCCAUAUGCUAGAUUUUAUU